AUGGCGGCGCCAGUGCUCCCUCUUCCCCAAGUCAAGCUCCCGCAGCUGCCCUCCGCCCGUCUGACGCCGGAGCAGCUGUACUGGAGGACGUUCAAGACUCCUCUGCUGAUCUCCUCGCCCUCAAAUAACCCCAUCAAUCUCAUUACCCAGCCAUCCGCGCCGUCGUCCCUCUCUGCCUUCCCCUCCGCCGCCCAGCCGCCGGAUGUCUUCACGGUGACGACCGGCGCCCGAGUGCAGAUAUACUCGAUCCGCACACGAAAACUCCUCAGGACGAUUACGCGAUUCGAUGACACGGCGCGCGGGACCGAUGUGCGACCGGACGGCCGCAUCAUCACUGUCGGUGAUGAUACCGGUACCAUUCAGGUCUUCGAUGUCAGUUCUCGCGCCAUCUUGAAGACGUGGAAGGAUCACAAGCAGCCCGUGUGGGUGUCGAAAUUUUCUCCCAGCGAUCCGACGACGCUCUUCAGUGCCAGUGAUGAUCAGACGGUCAGGCUCUGGGAUCUCCCUAGUGAACACAGCUCAAGGACGUUCCACGGCCACACGGACUACGUGCGAAGCGGAGCAUUCAUGCCCGGUUCGAUGGCAUCAGGCGGCAUGAUUGUCUCGGGAAGCUACGAUCGGACGGUUCGACUGUGGGAUCCAAGAGUUGAGGGGCGCGCGGCUAUGAUUUUCAAGAUGGGUGCGCCGCUCGAAUGCGUGUUGCCCAUGCCGUCAGGCACCACCGUCCUCGCCUCGGCGGAUAAUCAGAUCGCUGUCCUGGAUGUAGUGGCUGGGAAGCCGUUGCACUUGAUCAAGAGCCACCAGAAGACCGUCACCGUACUGUCUCUUGCGUCUCACGGCGAUCGAGUGGUGAGUGGUGCGCUGGACGGGCAUAUGAAGGUGUUCGAGACGACAGGAUGGAACGUGGUGGCCGGCUCCAAAUACCCAUCUCCGAUUUUGUCUCUGCGCGUCAUCACAUCGGGUCCCGACAGGGAGGAUAAACACAUUGCGGUUGGUAUGCAGUCCGGUCUGCUGUCCAUCAAGACCCGACUCUCUGGACAGGAGAAGGUUCGAGAGCGGGAGCGACAGAAGGAAAUGCAGGCUCUGCUGGAAGGCAAGAUCGAGGAAUACGACAAGAAAGUCGCAAAGAAGGCAAAACUGCGCGGCAAGGGAUGGGAGAAGCGGCUGCGAGGUCGUGACUUUAUCGGCGAAGGCGUGGAUAUCAUAAUCGAGGGCCAAGAUAGGAAGAAACGAAAGAAGGAACAGAGCUGGGAGCACGACCUGCGCAAGGGUCGGUACGCGGCAGCACUCGACCAGGUGCUGUCGACGACGGACAAGACGGCACAGCUGACCCUGUUCACGGCGCUGAGACAUCGCUCCGCCCUUCGCGCGGCGCUCAAGGGCCGCGACGAGGUGACGCUGCAACCCGUCCUGCGGUGGGUGUACAAGCACAUCACAGAGCCUCGCCUGGUGACGCUAUGUGUUGAGAUCGCGAUGAACGUGUUGGAUAUCUACUCUGGCAAUCUGGGCCAGUCUGCGCAGAUCGACAGCCAGGUCGAGAAGCUCCACCGACGGGUGCGCGAGGAAGUCGAGCGGGCGCAGCAGGCGUGGCAGACGAAGGGGAUGCUCGAGAUGCUGAAGGUGUCGUAA